AUGUGUUUCGGAGAAUACCCGACCGAGUCGCAGAGAGCGCAGGACGAGCAGCUCAUAUCCGAGCUCUGCGGCAUGGUCGCCGCGAUCUGCUUCGAAGGAGAAAUGCUACGAUCCUCCCGCGUACUACAGCACCGCAGAAUCCGUCUCUUCUACACCGACAUAAAGAACGAACAAGGAGAAUCGCAGACCGAAAACGAGCAGCCAUGCCAGAGCGGCCCCAGCAUGCCUAAGAUCCCGCGUAACUGCGACCGUUGCAAAAUCAAAGCUCUUAUCAUCAGCCCUGUGUGUAUUAAAAAGGGAGGGUGUGCCUUUAAGUAA